AUGCCAAAGGCAUGUGUCAAAAGAGAUCGUUUGUCCAUUGUUAUCUCUGAGGAGGAGUAUCUGUUGGGUGUGGAAGCUUGCAAGCACAACCUUCACGGUAGGAUUAUCUGGCCAAAGGGUACCUCGCCAUUGAAAGUUCAAAACUUUAAAGCAAAACUCUUGGGUCUAUGGAAAUCAAUAGGAAAAUGGGAAACCACAUAUAUUGGUAAGGGGUACUUUGAAUUUUUGUUUUCUACUCUCCAAGAUGUUAGGCGAGUAAGAUCCAUAAUCUCUUGGAAUCUUAGUCCACAUUUUCUUAAGUUUUUUCCGUGGACUAAGGAUUUCAACUCAGCUCUGUUGAAGCAAUCAUUUGCACAAGUGUCAGUUCGUAUCCAUGGUUUGUCACAAGAAUAUUGGCGUCCUAAAAUCGUUUUUGCGAUAGCAAGUAAUGUGGGGAUUCCUCUGUGCACAAACUCAACAUCUAAUAAGUGCAACUUUGAAAGACCGUUUGGCCACUUUGUUAGGGUUUUAGUGGAUCUGGAUUUGAAUGUUGAUAUCAGAGGGGAUGAUUUUGAAACUGGGAUUCAGAAAAAGAGAGGAGAGGAUGAUGUCUUGGAGGGAGAAAUCGGUAAGCAGAAAAAAGCAAAGAAACAAAUAUUUGUUCAAGUCAAUAAAGGUGUCAAUCCAGUUGAUAACCUUUUCAAAGACAAAGAGAUGAAUCACUUAACAAAUUUGGAGGCUCAUCCAUCAAACACACCCUCUGCAAUGGUGAAUGACAUUGAAAAAGGAAAAAGUAUUGUAGAUGGUAACAAAAAUCCUUUGGACUUGUGUGUCCCUACAGCUAUCAUGGACGUGGAUAUUGUAGAGGACAAAAUAGAAAAUGUAAGAGAAGACAUAGAAAAAACAUUGGCUUUGGUAAGCGAGGUAGUGUAUAGAAUUGAAAAUGCUGAUUUCAUAGACAACACACAAAGGAACUCUGAUGAAGAAGUCCCUGAAACUAAUCUUGAGCUUCAACAUGAUUUGAGGUUCCUUAAUGCAUCUUGGGACAAUAUGGUGCAUCGAGAGUUAGAAAAACAAGGAAUUAGUGAUAUAGUGCAAAAAUAUUUGGGAGUCGACUCUGAUGGCUUUAUGAAAGUAAAAUCAAAGUCCAAGCAAAAAGUUUAG